CGAAAACAAAGGUGUAUCAUAAGGUUUUUAGUGUCCAGGACCUACCAUGACCUACAUUCAAUCUCGAAGUAUACCUUUACCUUAGAAUAGAAAUAUUUUGCUGUUCUCUUCCUCCACCUAACAUCACUUCUGGUAUAUUUUACCCAGUUAUUGUUGUUUUGGGUUCAGCUCAUACAACUAGCCAAUGAUGAAGACGGUGUUUCGGAUAAAAAAUCACCUCAAAAUUCGAAUAAUGCUAAAACUCCGCAAGACAACCAACAAAAUUCGAAGAAGCCGGACUUAGGAAUUGAGGAAGCCAAGUAUGACGUCAAAGAAAAUGGAGAUAGCGGGCCGUCGGAGCCCGUUAGUUCAUCAUCCAAAUCUACAGGUGCGAUGCGUAAAGAGGAGAAUCCAUUUUCAUUUCGCCACUUUCUAAAGCGAGACUUGUCUCUACCCGGCAAUUCAACAUAUGAAAACACCGGAGCGCGACCGAAAGUUUACGCUAACACAGUGCAGCAUUCACCGACUAAAAUAGAUCUUCACACGGAAACGAAAAAAGAAAAAAAUCGCCCGAGUGAAAUCCAAGCCAAAGAUAAACAAAUCGAGGGUGUCAACCAUCGUAACAGUGAUGAUACGUCUUCGAGUAGUUCUGUGGAAAUAGAGAUUCCUUUUAGUGUAGUGUAUAAUUCAGACUCUAAGCAUAAUCUCUACGCGGAUAGUUCGGAGGGACCAUUCUUUAACAGGCCGAAUAUAGCCUCUGAACCAUUAGGGAUGCCGUCGCUUCCAGACUUCGUUCAAGACCACAUCUUAGUAGAGCAGGCUUAUUUGAACUCAAACGGCCCUAUAUCAGUAGAUUUAGAUAAUUUACCAGAUUUUACUUUCAACACCAAUUACAAUGCCGGUUCAUCAUCUUUGGGAAGACGUAAUAAAAAUGGUUAUAGCGCAAACAGAGGUUACAAUGAUUAUAAUGCGUACAUGGGAGUAGCUUCGACCUCGGCUGAUUCGGGACCAUCAAAUCGUAAUAUUCCUCUCGACCUGCCCACGGGGGCCGAGGCUUCGGGCCCAAAGCCUUUAGACGGAUGGAUUCCCCCACAUCUCAUUUUGGAUCUCACAGAAUCUGUUAAUUCUGCUGACCGAAGAAAUGUGUCCCCAAGAAACAGCUUCCCAUUGGACCUGCCGCCUAACGCUGGUGCCGAGUCUAUGAGGCUUCCUGAUUUUCUUCCUGUCCAUCCCGGAAGGACCUCUCCUGAACCAGAGCACCAGGACGAACAACUCACACAGAUCAUAGCUGAACUUGAACGUACCAGAUCGGAGCUGUUCACCGAGCGCAGUCGCCGCUCGCACGCGGAGGAGGACGCACGCGAGUCGCGCGCCGCGGUUGCCGCGCUGAGGGUCGAGCUGAAUGCGGCGCGCGCUCGCCUCAGUGACGUCAGACACGCCGACAGACAGUACGCUGGACAACUGGAAGCGGCAGCACAUCGCGUUGAAAACAAUCUCAUUGAUACUGCUGCCAGAGCGACAGAAGCAGAGAGUGUUGUGACGAAGUUAAAGAAUGAAAUUAAACGGUUAAAAGAAGAGUUGGCGGCUUCCCAGGAGGAAGUGCGUCACCUGAGGAACUCUCAGAGCGACGCGGCCGCUCACCUCCGACAGGCGACGAACGUAGCGGAUACUUCACUAAGAGAGUUGUUGGCGGGCUUGGAGAGGUUAAGGGCUUUAAGUUCCACUUUGGAUCCGACAUGAUGUGACACGGACAUCUCCAUGAAGCCUCUCAAAUGAUAAUUUAUAAGAUAAUUUAUUAUUAUUUAUCUCCUGUAUACUGACGUGUGUAGUUUAACUCAAUGUAGAAUAACUGUAACAGUCAAACACUAAGUUUAGAAAUGUUGUUUUAUGGAAACAUUUUUUUUUAUAUGUAUGUAAUGAUGAAAGAAUGAGCGGAAAACCAACAGGUUCAAUUGGGAUUGGUUUUCAAAGAGAAAUUCCGUAACAAUGAAAUAGUUGUGAUUUUUAUUAGUUAUUUUUAUAUAUAUGUAAUAUUGUUUUAUACGUGCUUAGUCUUUGACUGUUCCUGUAUUUUUAUGGAGCUACAUCUAAGUACAACGCAUGAUGUAAUCAGACAAGGGGGCGUAUUGUUUGCAUAGCACUCAUGCAACACGCACGUGGACGUUCUAUGUUGAUAGUUAGAAUUACGUUUUUUUAUUAAAAAUAAAAAAAAAACUCACAAUAAAUGUAUGUAAAUAUGAAAUUUGUAAUAACAUAAUGUUCUUUAAACAUACCUUUUUAACAUUCAAACUAUUGUUCUAAGAAAUUUUCUGUAGAAGAUAUUUUUCUAAUAAACCAAUCGAUUAAUGUCAGUUUCCUUCAACUUUUGACUCUCGAACGCCCUCGGGCCUUGUCAGAGGAAUGCUGACACGGGACAUAAAAUGAAACACAAUGUUUGUAUAUAAUAAUUAAAUUAAUAAAGUGAGCUAAUAUUACUAAACGGUUAGGGAAAUAUUCUUUAUUUUAUUUAUAUUUUUUAAUUGAAAAGACAGUUUUAUUUUAAUUAUGUGACAGGAAUGUUAUAGACAACGUAUCAUCACAAUUACCGUUGCUCCCAACAAAAUAUGACUUAACGGCUUGAAUUGUAUUCACUUUAAAGUGCUUCAACAUUUGUCUGCAGACAGAAAUGUUGUCUGAGAGAGAAGUAUUUUUAAAUAUAAAUUUAAUAAAAGCUUCCGUUACAAUUAUAUAGAGUUCCUACGGAUACAUCUAGCAUCAACACUAGGCGCUUAUUAUGUAGCAACUAACAGCUUAGCUCGGAAACAAGAAUAACUCGGCAUAAUUUUCUUUGAUAUUUUCACCUAUAGAUGGCAUCAGUGUCGCAACAGCUGCUUAAAAUAUAUUUUCUAAUUCAAUAAUAAUCAGAGCAUCUUAUUUUGAAGUAGUUAGAAGUCUUAAUGAGCUGAUUUAAAAGUUAAGAAAAAUUCUUGCAAUGUAUAAGAAUACAGCACAUAGAGAACAUUGUUCGAUGAAAGUCAUGUCCGAUGUUAACGAAUAACUUUGGCUACAAUUUUUGCAUUUAAUACAUUAAUUACUAAUAGGUGUAUUCGAGGAUAAGAUUUGAGAUUUUGUUAAUUUUAUAACCGAGCGGUUAAAAGCGUUUGGCAUUCAGUACGCAUCGCCACGACGUAAUAAUAGUUCGUUCCUCAUUGAAUACCAUAAUACUAGUGUUAAGUACGGUUAACUCUCCGUACUACGUCGAUGCAAUCUCAGACUAAGCGUACUUCUCGAACUCGAAUCCAUGAAAUGUAUAAAAAUAAAAUAGACGUAAAAUAUAGUAAAUUUAUAUCAUUAAUUUCUGCUCAUUCGAAGUUAUUGAAAUUUUAGUGAGACUUUGUAAAUUGACGCUGACAUUAGAAAUUGACAAGUGUUUGGAAAUGAUUGAAUGGAAAUGUCGAUAUUGUACAGUGUAAAGAUGGCGCGGGAUGUGUCGGACCCCGGAGCGGAGCCGAGGCUAACGAAUUAUAUUGUAUUUUAUGUGACGUGUUCUGACUAACUGCUCUGCGUGCGGCUGGAUCUGUAGUGUCUGACCGAGCGCGUCUCGUGACUUAUUCGUGUAUACUCUGUGUAACUUCGGUUCGCUCGAGGUUUAUUUAAAACUCGAAAUAUAACUCAUGUGAGCCCCAAAUAAAUACAUUUUCUUUUAA